GCGGAUUUUUAGACCAGCUGCUUCACUUCAAGGUCGUGACUUGUAGUUGCGCCGACGUAGAUUCUAUUUGCGCAUAUUUCUCUGAUUUGAGAAUGCGCGCUGCACUUCGUGUCGUGCACAGAGAGUGAGUUGUAGAUCCGUCUUCUACUAGCCAACGAAAAAAUAACGAUUGACGACAGGAUGAGUCGCUCCCUGUCUUCGCCCAAAAACGGAGGCGCGGUAUCGUCUUGUUCAAAGCUGCAAACGCUAAAGCUUUUGUCCCAGCAGAAAAAUUUCACCUACCCGACUGGCGCCCUCCACCUCCCCGCGUGGCUCCGCGUUCUGCUGAGUGCCACGGUCUUCUGCUUUGUGUUGAUUCACGCCCAGAGAACGCGGAUUUUUCGUGGCUCCGUGGAGAAGGACAAAAAAAGGGCCGCGGAACGUGAAAGGCAGCUGCUCGAGAUUAAGGAAAAAGAGGACCAGGAGCUGCAAGCCAGUACAUCGAAAACUGAUCACAAAGUGGAAGAUGAUCAACAUCAUGCGAGUGCUCACGACGCAGCAGGAUCUCCUGCUGCUCCGGCCACGACGUCCUCCUCCGCACAAGAGCUUUCUUCCGCACCCGGAGGGACGACCACUGCUGUUGUCGCGGGGCCCCCGCCCGAGUCUGCGAUCCGGGUCUUGCCGCCCGUGGAAGAGGGGGACGUCGUGAUGAAAGAAUCCUCAAAGGAGAAGGACGCAGACUCUUCUGGAGAUGACAAAAACUCCAACGCGCCGCCUCCUGCGACCCUCGAUGCCGCAGACGCAUCUUCAGCGAGCAGUACUAUGGAAGCGUAAAAGCGACGACCAUGGAUGAUCCACUUUGCUAUCAGUUGGCAGAUCUUCGUGAAAAUGGAUGGAGGAGAAGUAAAUUCACCCUACAACGCAAACAUGCCGCAGAUGACAUCUUCAGGCUUAGGAAGCUCUUCAUGCGACGCUGCUCUUGAUGUUGUAUGCAUUAUACUUUUCGCUGUAAUUUGUCAAUCAUGCGCCAGCUGCAAUGAAUUUGUUGCGUGGACAUGAGAUUUUAUGGCGGACUUGGACGUUUUGUGGCGUGGUCUCCGCGAGAAGCUAAUGCAAGAAGCACAGCUGAUACAAGUACGUGAGACAUCGGGUUAUGAUUUUUCGCUUUUAUAGAGAGCAGCAACGGAAAUGACCGCGCCGGAGAGACAGACACCGCGACACCGUCGGCUCCGCUGGUUCCGACUGCCAAGAACGACAGAGUAUCUUCACCACCUGCGGGAGAUGCAGACCUCUCUUCUGGCGCGGGGGCCACGAAGGCGGGCGACAAUGCAGCCCAAGACUCCAAAAAAGAACCCGUCAACGACGGUGAAGACCUGCUGGACGAUGCCAGCAAAAAACUCGACGAGGCGACGGAGCACCUGGACCAAGCGGGCCAGAAGAUCACGAGCUUUUUUUACUCACUCUUCGGCAACAGCGAGGAAGAGAAGAACAAAGCUGCGUCGUCGCAAAGCAAGACGAACCCCCUCACCAGCAGUGCGGAUCCGCGGGACCUGACGGCCUUCAUGGAGUACGCCACGGUGUCGCAGGACGCUCGGCCGCCGAACUUCGCGAUCCGCAUCGACAACCUGCCGGUGGCGGAAAUUACCGUGGCGAAGACGCUGUUGCAGGAGACGCUUUGCCCGCUCGCGCUCGAGUCCCGCGGGGUGAUGGAAAUUAUGAGCACCGCCGCCACGAGCCCAACGGAAGCGCUCGCGCAGGUCGCAGACGGCGGAGACAAAAAGUGCGACGUCGUGCGGGUAGAGGACAGCAAGGAAAUUCAUUCCUCCGCAUCUCUGUCUCGUCAACCACGACACCUGGUAACGCUAUACUUCAAGCUGUCCCCGAAUAAUCUCAACAAGCCCUGGUAUCCAGAAAUAAAGACCCAUCUUCCCCAUCCAGUUCCAAUUUGUCACUCUUGCAGCCAGGCACAACAUGCAUAAAAUUCUUUUCUGCGUGCCGUGUCUGUCAUGCAAAAAAAAGGAUGGGGAAGAUGUUGCGUGUUUUUUCCUGGAUACCUGGCCCGACGAGGUGAUUAUGACUCAGCUGAACACGAAACUUCGGCUCUUAACCAGCGUGGAAAUGCGCACGAACGAGGGCGAUUGGUGGGAAAUGCCGCCAAAUGUUCCGGCGGUCGUGGUACAGCCGUCGUCGACGGGGGCCGCGGCGGGAGUAUGCAUUGCAAAAGGUCAUCCAGUUGUCCCGUCGUCGUUCUAAACCACGUGCUAGAAGAAGGAAAUAAGCCUCCUCCCGAGCUGCAAAUUUCGUCUGAGAAGAUCUGUUUUGCUCUAGGUCUAGAUGAAAGUCUUGCUUCUGUCCUUCCAAUGAAAAAAUAUCCAAUUUCGGUUUGUAUGUAAGUACAUUUGUUUGACAUGAGAUGAAACGGUAUCGAUUAGUUACAACCGCAGUGCACUUUUGCAAAGGAAAAGAGGCGGACGGUGCCAGCACUUCGCCGAAAGAUCUGGUCGAGAAAUCCAACGAGGCCCUGACCAACGCGAUCCGAGCGCUAGACGCGAAGGUGCGCGGCGGAAAGAGCGACGGCGGCGGUACUGAUGCAGCGGACGAGGACGAGCUAGUUGCAAUGCAAAGUCCCGCCAUCACGUUGGCGGCCUUCAACAGCCUCCGCGAGGGCGACUGCGUUUUGACGCGCAAGCAGCAUUUGUACUACGUGCUCGCCAGUCCUUUUGUGCAGGGCAGCAACGGGGUGUCCAGUCGGAAUCAGCUCCUGCCGGUCCGCUGCGUGAACGUGGACAUGGCGAACAAAAACGGUUACGGUUUCUGCGCCGACCGGCAACCCAACGACCUCCGGUUCGACCCGAACAGCGCGGUCCCGGAGAAGUUUCCGCUACACGCGCGCUGGAAGCAAAACGGCAAAGAGGAGAAGGACCUCGAGGGGAUCGCGACAGGAUCGCGUCGUCUUACAGAUGAACGCGCGCAAGAACGACGACCAGAAACAGAACUACAAUCCCGACCAGCAAUGAAGCAGAAGAACACGAACAGUCCUGUCGUUGCCAUUUGGAACAUGUUCCGCCCAAUCCAGCUUCGGCGAGAAAUGAUUCUGAAAAAAGCUGGCUGCGAAACCAACCUCCGAAUGGACGCAAACGCCGCAGGUCGUGGUGGGAUGAAAAGCACCAGUUCAUCCUCUGCGUCAUUUGCCCAGCUGGAAGACGGCUAUAACAGUGCACAACUCCCCCUCCCCCUCAUUUGUGAUGCAAAAUCCCAACCACGUCCAAGCGCAAGCUUUGCCUCUUGGCACUGUUUGCAUGACAAGUUGGUUCUGGCAGUACAAUCCUGUGAAAAUUUGUCAUGCAAAAGCUGCACUCUUGCAGGCCCUUCUACUGCUGUUCAUGCAAUACAAAUGAGGGGGAGGGGGAGUUGUGCAGUCUCAUAACGGCGAGCACUCGUCUACGAAGAGCUCGACACAGCAGGACGACGACCUGUGGCAGCAAACGGACCCCGGCGGCCUCGUUUACCAAGCCGCGGUGCUGGUCGGCGAUUUCGGCCAGAAGAUGGCGGAAGUCGGGAACAAGGUUGCUGAACAAAUUCUCGACAAUUUUGACAUUUACAGCACCUAGCUUUCUCCUCGACGGAAACAGGAGUAGAAUUUGACUUCCACCGCAAAGGGCGGCCGCGGAAGUUCAGUACGUACACUUACAUGAUUGGUCCACUUGGCAGAAAGUUAGGUGGUCAAUAACCAUGGGCGGGGUUUAGCUGGUUCUGUGCUCCUACGCCGUAAAAUAAAGCUACCACAAGAACACGAUCGGAACCAGAUAGACAUAGAGCCACCGCGGUGAUAGCGACGUUUUUCCAUCACUAUUUUGAACUCUUCCUAUUAAGAAAAUGAAAAAGUGCGAAAUUCAAUAGAGGAUGGUGAAACGGACUCAGAUGUGCACCGUGAAACGGGCUCAGAGUUCCUUUUUCCCCGUCCCGUAGUGGCAAGAAUUUAUUUUUGGACCGCAUCAUUUUCACCAACUACAAGAAGCAGACGCUGAGGCUGAAGAGAAGAGAGCGCAAAUCAAAGUGUUUUCUGAAAAGAAAGCGUGUCCUCCAUCGGACGAAUCACAGCGAU